AGGUGACUGUACUUCUUUGUAGGACCAAGUUGUUACAUGAAAUCUGCAGUUUCAUAAUUUCAGCAGGUCCUGCUCCUCAUCCUAAGCAAUGACGACUUCUGGGACUCUGAGCAAUUAUUAUGUGGACUCCUUCCUGAUCCAUGAGGGUGAGGAGCUGGUGCAGUCCAGGUUUGCUUCUGGCUCCCUAGCCCAGCCACCACGACAGGCUACCCUGGGAGCUGAGCACACUGAGUACACUCCAUGCAGCUUCCAAUCUAAGUCGUCCAUGUUUAGCAGUCCCUGGAAUCCAGUGCACCAUCCUCAGGCUGCCAAUAAUGUCUCCAGCGUGUACCACCCUUAUGUGCACCACCAGGCACCCCUAGCAGCCUCAGAUGGCAGGUUUAUGCGGUCCUGGCUGGAUCCCAUGCCCGGAUCAUUGCCGUUCCCAGGCUUAUCCUCCAGCAGGCACUACGGUAUUAAACCUGAGCCUCUCUCAGGCAGGAGGGGGGACUGUACCACGUUUGAUGCUCACACUCUGUCUUUGUCUGAUUAUGCUUGUGGCUCUCCUGCUGACAGAGAGAAGCAAAGCAACGAACCUGCCUUUGCUGCCAAUACUGAGGAGAACCAAACAAAUGGGGAAAAACCUCCUAUUGACCCAAAUAAUCCAGCUGCUAAUUGGCUCCAUGCAAGAUCCACCAGGAAAAAAAGAUGUCCCUACACCAAGCACCAAACACUGGAACUUGAGAAGGAAUUUUUAUUUAACAUGUAUCUUACCAGGGACAGGAGGUAUGAGGUGGCCAGACUGCUCAACCUCACAGAGAGACAAGUUAAAAUUUGGUUCCAAAACAGAAGAAUGAAAAUGAAAAAAAUCAACAAGGAUCGAUCAAAGGACGAAUAAAUACGGAAUAAAUGGUGCUAUAAACAAUGGGAUGCUACUGUAUUGAGGCCUCAUGUGUCUCUCGCUCCUGUAUAUCAUGCUAGCAAAUCAAGUACCACCACAGCGUUGGUUUACCAGAGCUAUCCAAGAGGUACUUCAUUUCUUAAAUUAUUUCAUGAACCACACAAAGGGGCAUUAGGGGUGGGCUGGCAUAAAAGUAAUCUACCUUCUCUACUCUUCAAGUAAACUACCUUACCAUUGUGCACAACUAUAUACUGACUGUACAGACUAGCUCUAAUAAUGUAGGUUUUAUUCUAAUUAAUAUUAUGUUUAUUAUAAUUAUUAUGUCUUCUCUGGGCAGCGGGAGCCUCUGCUGCUAUACUUGAAUCUUGUGUUUUAUUGUAGCUGUGACCGGAUUUAUGUGCUUGGAUGUCGUACAAUACUAAGACUAAACUGAACUCAGGUUAAUGAAUAUAAUGCUAGGUCUGCAGUACCAGCCUCCAGUGUUAAUAUUGUCCCCCCCCCCCCUCAUAUCUAGUCAACCAACCAGAUAAAGAAUCGACCUCGGAUUAUUGGCAAUCACAGUCUCCAACAGUCUGUCCUGAAUUGUAAAGAUGUAUAUAUGGCUUAUAGGCCACAAGGAAAUAUGCAGGAGGUGGGAAGGUGUGUAUGUGUGUUGGGGUGGGUGGGGAGGUCUGAAAUAUUUUAGAGCCCUGGAGAUUUCCUAUAGGAUCUACAAAUACGUGGAUUAAAAUAUAUGGUGAGUGAAGGUUUUACUACCUAUAGCUUGUGUUAUGUUCUUGUUCACUGUAUUGAAAUUGCAUUUAUUGAGAAUAAUAAAUUAUACACAGGAAAUAAAAAAA